UUAACAUUGUAAUUUUCGUAACACUGGUUGGUAUCAAUAUACUUAAAUGUAUACAUAAAAUAAUUUAGAAGUUCGAUUAUGAGCAAAUUGAAUCGAAAUAUUUCUUUUUAAAAUACACACAAAUAAAAUUUAUUUUUUAAUAACGUUAAUAUAAUAAAUACAAUCAAAAAUAAAAAAAAUGUUAGAAAUAACAUGCAAUGAUCGUCUUGGAAAAAAAGUUAGGGUUAAAUGCAAUCCAGAUGACACAAUAGGAGAUUUAAAAAAAUUAAUAGCAGCUCAAACCGGAACUCAUUGGGAAAAAAUUGUUUUAAAAAAAUGGUAUACUAUAUAUAAGGAUCAUAUAAAAUUACAAGAUUAUGAAAUUCAUGAUGGCAUGAAUUUAGAACUUUAUUAUCAAUAAUUAAUAUUUAAUAUUGUAUAAAUUAAUGUGAGAUAUAUAUAUAUAUAUAUAAUAACAAUAAUAAAUUUUAUAUAUUUAAGCA